AUGCUGCUUCCGGGAAAGAUCCACCACGUGCUCAGUCCGGGCAACCUCUGCAUCAAGCACGUGAACAAGUCCCCAAUCCAUCCGCCUGCCGAUUACCCCGUCCUCGUCCCAUCCGAACCACCCCCAACCCCCCAUCGCUCCUCUCCGCCUCCUGACCCGUCGUCCUGUCACAGCGGGAGGUGCACGAGCAUCUGCGGUCCAUCUUCCCUACCCGCCCCAUCCGCCCCAGCCGUCAUAGCCGGCCCAGCUGGCCCAGCCGCCAUAGUAGCUCCAGAAUUAACACUCCCCCUCCCUUCCCCUCACCCCUUCAUCCCCCGUUAUCCCCUCUCCUCCACACCAGGAGCGAUUUCCUCUCCUCCCUCUCCGUUGCCAAGAGGUGCAGGUACCUGCGGGGCAUCUUCCCUCACCGUCGCAGCCGCCCUAGAAGCUGCAGCAUCAAACCCACAUCCCCCCCUCUCCCCCUACUCCAUCUCUCGCCGCCACACCAGGAGGUGCAGGAGUACCUGCGGGGCAUCUGUCCGGACCGGACGUGCAUGUGACGGGACGAGGGGCGAGAACGACGACGACGCGCAAAGUCAACCCCACACCCCCCCUCCCCCCUUCUCUCUGCGCCUCCCACCCAGGAGGUGCAGGAGUACCUGCGGGGCAUCUGCCCUCGCAGCCACAGCACAAGCCGCAGUAUUAGCCCCCCUUAUCCCCCCUCUCACCCUCCUCCCCCUCUCGCCCACACGUCAGGAGGUGCAGGAGUACCUGCGGGGCAUCUGUCCGGACGUGCAUGAGGUGCAGGAGUACCUGCGGGGCAUCUGUCCGGACGUGCAUGUGACGAGGGGCGAGUACGACGACGAUGCCCAGUUCCCCGACACCAAGGUCGUUGUCGUGGGCGGCUUCCGCAUCGGCCUCUGCCACGGCCACCAGCACUGGGCAUCCGCAUUGGGCCUUGUCACGGCCACCAGGGGCUGCUCUCUGCUUCUCUGCUCUGUGACGUUCCCUGUUGCCCGUCCUCGCCAUCCCCUCCAUUCCACUCCCCAUUUUCUCCUCCCCGCUCCUCCUUCCCAGGUGAUCCCAUGGGGCGACGUUGAGUCCCUAGCCAUGCUGCAGCGGCAGAUGGGAGUGGACAUUCUAAUCACGGGCCACACGCACCGCUUCAAGGCCUAUCGCCACCAGGGUCGCCUGCUCAUCAACCCAGGCAGUGCCACCGGCGCUUACACCCCCUCCACCGCUGCUGCUGCCGCUGCCGCCGCUACCGCUGCUGCCGCUGCAGCUGCUGCUGGGGAGACCGACGCUGCUGCUGCUGCUGGCGGCGCUGCUGCGGCUGCGGCAGCAGCGGCGCUGCACCCGAGUUUUGUUCUAAUGGAUGUGGAUGGGGCGCGCGUGGUGGUGUAUAUAUACGAGCUUGUGGGCGGCGAUGUGAAGGUGGAUAAGAUCGAAUUCAAGAAGCCCGUUGCUGGCGCGCAGUGA